AUGUCUUUAUUCGGUGACGACGAUGACGCGCCGCAGCGCGCGAAGCAGUCGUCGCUCUUCGAUGACGAUCCCAAGCCGGCGGGCAAGACGGGCAACAGCUUGUUCGCAGACGACCUGGACGCCAACGACUCGCCCUGGGGAUUCCCAACCCCCAAGAAAGCUCCACGUGAAGCUCUCGUCAAGUCGCUGCUUCCUGCCUCGGACGUGCCCGAUUCGUACAUUGACGCUUUCGACGCACUGCUCGACGCUGGGAACCGCGAAGGCAAUGGUAUCAGUGUUGAGGGUGUCAAGAAGCUGCUGGCCGAUAGUGAUAUCCCAGGUCACGCGCAGUCCAAGAUACUCGAGAUCGUGCUGCCGUCUGGUGUCAGCUCCCAACUGGGAAGGAACGAGUUCAAUGUUGUCUUCGCCCUGAUUGGGUUGGCGCAAGAGCAUGAGGACAUCACCCUGGACAGCGUCGACGAGAGGAAAAGGAAUCUUCCCGUUCCAACCGUGACGCUGCCACAGUCCACCAAGGCCCGCGAGCCAUCUCCGCCUCCCCAACAGGUCCAGCCGCCCACUCCUCCUGCCCCACAACGCCAGCCUUCUGCGCAGCAACCGUCUCCUGCAAACAGGUCGAGUGCGCCUAUGCGCAAGCAAUCUUUCGGCGACCCAGAGGCCGAUCCUUGGGGUAGCCCCGACCUGCACAGAGGUCAUAGCCACGCGAGCUACACAAGCUCACAACCGCAUACCAACGGCUCAAGCGUACCCACUACCGCACGAACGACGAGCCAAUUUACAACUCAGUCGACUGCGGCUUCCUCGAACAUCCCGCAGCCCGUCCAACCAAGUUCCUUGAGCAGCGAGGGCGGCUGGGGCGGAUACAAUGGCGGCGCGAAUCAACCCUUCUCCGCCCCUAGUUUGGAACAAGGAGGAUUUGGCGCACCCACUGCUGAAGAGGCUGGCUCAAACGCGACACCAGAGUUGGGCAGAUCCAUUGGCCGCUUGAACCCAGGUGGCAGUGGGAACGAGGAGGUCAUAACUAUCACAGCACUCUCCGAGAAGGAGGGCAUGUUCAUGUUCCAGCACCGCAAUUAUGAGGUCGCUAGCUCCAAGCGCACAACAAAGGUCGUCCGCCGAUACAGUGAUUUCGUCUGGUUGCUAGACUGCCUGCACAAGCGGUAUCCCUUCAGGCAAUUGCCACUAUUGCCCCCCAAAAGAGUCGGUAUCAACGGCAACCCAAUAGCUGCAGAUGCUACUUUCCUUGAGAAGCGAAGAAAAGGCCUCGCGCGCUUUACCAACGCGCUCGUACGGCACCCUGUCCUCAACCAGGAGCAAUUGGUAGUCAUGUUCUUGACAGUGCCCACGGAACUUGCAGUAUGGCGCAAACAAGCCAAUCUCUCCAUCCAAGAAGAAUUCACUGGCAAACCUCUACCUCCAGAUCUCGAAGACUCGCUCCCAAAGACGCUCCCCGAAUUGUUCGAUACUGUCCGCUCGGGCGUCCGUCGUAGUGCAGAAACCUACAUCACCCUCUGCAGCAUGAUGGAGCGACUCUCCCGCCGCAACGAAGGCAUGGCAGCAGAGUACGCACGUUUCUCAUCUGCUCUCAGCGGCCUCACGGAAUCAAGUCAAGAGACAUAUGCCGUCGAUACAAACGAUGUCCCAUUGCUAAACGAGGGCAUGAACGCCACAGCACGACAUCUCGACUCGAGCAGGCAACUGCUAGAAGACGAAGCCAGAGGAUGGGAAGAAGGUGUUCUUGAAGACUUGAAGAGACAGAGGGAUACGCUUGUCAGUGUACGCGACAUGUUUGACCGCCAGGACAAGUACGCUCGCGAUAACAUCCCACAAUUGGAAAAGCGUAUCGCGAACAAUGAGACUAAACUCCAGAAUAUCCGCCAGAAAACUCCCGAGCAAAUUAAGCCGGGUGAGGCAGAGAAGGUGGAGGAUGCUAUUUUCAAGGACAAGGAAUCUAUUGUUCAACAACAUGCGCGUGGUGUCUUCAUUACGGAAUGCAUCCGCGAUGAACUUGCCUUUUUCCAAAAGAGCCAAUAUCAUGUUAGUAGGUUGCAUCAGGAGUGGGCGCAGGAGAGGGUCAAAUACGCGGAGUUGCAAGCGGACAACUGGAGGGCAUUGAGUGAGGAAGUGGAGAGUAUGCCUGUAGCAGAGUAA